CAGGUAGCUUUUAGGUAUCCAGAAAAGCCAGAAGAUGAAAUCGUCUAUUCACGCCUCUAUAAAUCGAGUCGCUAUUUUGCCGACUUCCCCCAAAUUCCCUUCUCCAAUCGUUCGAUUCACAGCUUUUCCCACCUUCUUCGCGUAAUUUUUCAGGCAAAGGAGACCAUGGCCAAGAAUCCCUUCAAGUUGGAGCAUCCACUUGAAAGGAGGUUAGCAGAAGCUUCUCGUAUCAGGGAGAAGUACCCUGAUAGAAUUCCUGUGAUUGUGGAGAAGGCAGAGAGGAGUGAUAUACCAGACAUUGACAAAAAGAAGUACCUGGUUCCUGCUGAUCUCACAGUCGGGCAGUUUGUAUACGUGGUGCGCAAGAGGAUCAAGCUCAGCGCCGAGAAGGCCAUCUUCAUCUUCGUAAAGAAUUCACUACCUCCCACAGCUGCAAUCAUGUCUGCGAUCUAUGAGGAGAACAAGGACGAGGAUGGUUUUCUUUAUAUGACUUACAGUGGGGAGAACACAUUUGGCUCCCUGUGAGCUAAUCGGAUCGUGUUCUGUAAGUAAGCAUUCCAAAACGUGUAUAUUCUUCAGUGCCCACUAUGCUAAUGUUCCGUCACAACUCUGCCUUACUAUAUAUUUAAUUAAGAUCAAACUCCUUGAAAAAUCUUUGGCUGGUGCCAGUAAUGGAACUAUAUUUCCCACUUA